AAUUGUCAAGUUUUGCGGCGUGUGAGUGUCCAUCGCAAUGGCUCUGUGAAGAAUACCAUAAUAAAAGCUAUUAUAGUAUUAUUUGAGAAUAACAUUUAACACUACAAAAAUUAAUAACGUAUAAUUUAUUUAAUAAUUCUAAAAUGUCAAAGAGACAUAAAAUGCCUUUAGAACUAGCACAUGAUGACACUAUACAGUGUUUGUUUUUCUCGCCUAAACUUGGUUCAGAUUCGUUGUUAUGGGACGAACUAUGUUUGCAACUUAACAAUUCUAUCAAAAAUCUUACCCAAGACUACAUAUGGCAUCGUGACGAGUUUAUAGUUUACGUCCCUAUCAAUCAAGACACCAAUUCAGAUUUACCUUAUCAUCUUUGCAGCACUACUUGUUUUGGUGAUAAUCUAGAUGAUGAGUGGUUCAUUGUACAUGUUAUAUUGGAAAUCUCAAAGCUAUAUAAAGAUUUGAUCAUCCAGGUAAAAGAUAACGAUGGUGAUUUCCUUCUAAUAGAAUCUGCCAACUUCUUACAAUCCUGGGCAAAUCCAGAAAGUACUGAAAACCGAGUAUUUAUUCAUGAGCAUCGUAUUCAUAUAAUACAGCCAGAAGUAUAUACUUUAGAAAAUAAGCUGGAAUUAAAAGAAGCUUUGAAAAUUAUAUCUGAGACACCACAGUUAACUCGAUCGUCAAAAGAAAUUCAACAAGCCGUUUUGAAUCGCAUAGGAAACUAUCCCGAAAAGUUAUAUGAACAUAUUCAUAAAGCAGUUGUGGAGCUACCUUCUGACCUAGCUACUUUGUUGACAAUGAAACCUACUCUUGUAGCGCCUAUUGUUGAUGCAUACUGCAAUCAUGAUAUUAUUGAUGCCAAGUACUUUAAAGAGAUUGAUUAUAAAGACUGUGUUACAGUUGAAAUAAAAUUCACAAAAUUCUUAUAUGCUAUGCUAUUGCAUUCUAAGCUUUCUAAUCAUGCUAAGCAAUACAUACAAACUGAUAAUGAUAAAAAAAAAGUUCUUGGCCUUAAGUUAACAUUAGGAUUGCAGAUUAUUAUGAGUAGAGCUACAGACAAUAUAUUUUUAUCAAAGGAAUAUAAUAGAUUUCUUAAUAACUUAAAGCAAAAUGGGUACUUCAAAAAUAAUAUUGAAGGUUCAAAAGAAUACAAUAAUUUAAUAGAAAAAGCGCAACAAUAUUUUUCUACGGUGGAAUCUUCCGUAAGUUCAAAUGUCUCUCAGAAAAUAUCGAAUCUUUUAGCAUCAGAUAACUUUCCAGUGGUAAAAAAUUCAGUAAUAAACACCCCAGCGGAACAUGUGAACUGCGGCGAUAAUGAAGACUGGUUAAAUGUUCAACCAGAACAGUUAAAUGAGCUAUUACAAAACCGUUACGGAAAUAAAUUAAAACUUGAAAACGAUGACAUUCUAACAUCUCAGAGAAUAACUAAAGAAUUGUCAUCGUUUUUAAACAAAACUUCAGAUUAUGAAGGUAUUGAACCCACUCGCAAUGAAGACUCUGAACAGGAAAUUGUAUUUGAAUCAGACAAAUUUAUAUCAUGUAUAGAAAAAAUGUUAAAUUUAUUAAGCACAGGCGAAAAGGGAGGAAGUGAAUCAGAAGAUAGUGAAGAUGAUUUCGAUAUAACUUACAAUAAUGAAAACGAUAAUAAUGAUGAAGAUGACGAUGAUGACUGCGACAUAGAACUUCGAACCAAGUUAGAAAACGGCACAUCCGAAAACCUUAAAGAGGACACGACAGUACUAAAGAACAUUAUUCAAAGUAUGAAAGAGGAAAAAGCGUCCACAGGACCUUCGAGUAAUCUACUGAAUGUUUUGGGGGUAAGCAAACGUGAGUUAUUAGACUCUGAUGAUGAAUGAAUCUGAGAAAUUGACAUAUUUUCCCCAGUAUGUAGACGUAUAUAAAUUAUACAAAAAAUAAAAUAAACAGAUAAUUAAACAAAACAUUUUUUUAUUUU